UCGUGAAUUGGCCAAGCUAGGUGGCAUCCACUAAACAUGAAUGCCAUGUGUUGUUAUUGAUUGUUAAUGUUUAACUCGAAAGUUGCACGAAGCAAAACGCUAUGUCGAAACCGGUUCUUCCACAGUACUAACAGUCCGCACGGAUACUGAAUACUCUUCCCACAGCUGUUUGUUAAAUCUGUCUUUUAGCUAGCUCGGCAGUAAGUUAGCAAAGCCAGAAUGGCUGCACUGCGAGCAGCAAAGCAAACUUUGCGGAGAGAAAUAAAGCGACGUGUUGCAGCGCUGAGUAACGAGGAGAAACAACGACAAUCUAUGGUCGUUUCACACAAGCUGUUCAGACACCCCAAGUAUGUGUCCUGUAAUCGGAUUGCAGUAUUCCUCAGCAUGGAUGAUGAAGUACUGACUAAUGAAAUCAUCAAAGAUGUGUUUAAAUGGGGCAAAAGCUGCUUCAUCCCCAGAUACAACAGCAGCAACAGGCAUAUGGACAUGCUGCAGCUCAACAGUCUGCAGGACAUGGAGAUGCUGCCUAUGACAUCCUGGAACAUCCAACAGCCUACUGAGGAUGACCACAGCCGAGAGGAAGCCCUGGCUGCAGGAGGUCUGGACCUGAUCUUGAUGCCAGGCCUAGGUUUUGACAAAAUGGGGAAGCGUCUGGGACGAGGGAAGGGCUACUAUGACACGUACUUGGAGCGCUGCAUCAGACACCCUAAAGGAAAGCCCUACACCAUCGCCUUGGCCUUCAAAGAACAGCUGUGUCAGGAAAUCCCUGUCGAUGACAACGAUGUGCUCAUUGAUGAAAUCCUGUAUGAGGAUGAUGACUAGCGAGUCAAUCACCAGUAGUCAAUUUUUAAUUGUGCACUCUCAUUUAAUACAGAUACACACUUUUUUCACUGCAGACAUUUUGAUUUGUUAUGGCAGGAAGAGCUGAGGUGGAACUAAUGAGACCAAGGAUGGGCCUCUGAAAUCUCCUAUAGCAAUACAGCCAUCAUUAAUGUUAUUAUUUCCACCUAUGGUUUUCCUGCUAUGACUCAAAAUAUCUGUUGUGGUAUCACACAGCUUAAGCUGCUAAUUCAGUGGCUGUAUUGAUAAUGUGUGUUUAAGGUAAACCUGAUGCUUUCUGUCAGUAUUCUGCUCCUAAUAUCAAGCUGCUGCUGUUGCUGUAAAGAGCUAUGAACAGGCAGGUUUUACUGAACACUAAAUACUUCAAAUGGAGAAUUCAAAUAUUAAUGGACAAUUAAAUUAAAAGAAGUGCAAAUAAAGUUGGCCUGUAUAGUGUUUCAACAUAGGCUGAUGGACCCCUCAUUGCCUUUACAUUCACAUUGUUGAAGAUCCUUCCACCUCUUUGUGACUGACAGCACGCCACAGUGAAGCUCUUGCCCCGUUUGUGUAAGAAGAUGUUGGCAACUAUUUAGCAUCACUGCUGGAGCACAGAGGAGACUGACUGUGUUAUUACUAGUUGGCAUAUUGAAGCUGUAUGAAAGUUUAAUCAGUCAAGUAAUGCAUGCAGAUUCAAUUGCCCAUUUUGCCCUUUAAACUCAGUCUGACCCUUACUCUUUCCAAUCUAGUAAUGAGACACAGAUGGUGAGAGAGUGACCAGGGCUGCGGUCGAAAAGUGUUUUUUUCUUAGGAAGGUUCAGACUGAGUAAAUGAACUGAAGUAUCAGAGCUGCUCCACUUCUCUACAUGAUAAGGAAAGGAGUUUCAACGCUUCCUAUCUCAUCUCCUUUAGCCUAGGAAGCACUUGAGCUUCCUUUAUGAAAGAAAAGGAGAAAUGCCGUCCCACAAUUCCUUGCUGCAGCAACAAUUUAAGUGAUGCAUCAUUGUAGUUUCACCUUGGCAGAGCCACGUAAAUGUAGAAACAACAGAGAAACUGUUUUAUGUUUGAGACUCGAUCCAGAACUGAUGGAAAUACUCGUCUGAUUCACUGAAGCCCAAAUCCACAAAUAUGAUUUCUUCUCUUUGAAUCCAGUCAGGAGUCGUCAUGAAGAAGAAGCAGAUUGAAUUUAUAGUCAACAAUAUCAUCAUCAUAAAAACAUAUUAUAGCCUAUACAUAAAUGUUGUCUCACUAAAUCCCCUCUCAUUGUGUAAAGACCUCAAAAUUAAUUUUAUCUACUUAACAAAUCUCAAAAGCUUCUAUGCCAGAAAACUAUAUACAAUUAUGUCUGAAUAUAAUUUAUUCUGAUCUCUUGCUCAGUUCAUUAUUUCUAUUUAAUUACUAUUUUAAUGGCUCAACUUUCUCUUUUUAUUUCUGUCAUGUCAUAUUACUAAUUAAUACUGCAUAUUAUUUCAACAUUUCAGUUGUUUGUUUAUUUCUGUGGAUUUAUCAUCAUCCAUUUGUUAUAAAUGAAGUUGGUUAAAAAAAAGGAGCUUAUAGUAAGUGCAGUUGUGUUUUCUCUGCAUCGUGUUUGUCUUUUCCAAAGUCCUCAUGAAAGUCCUUCACAUCUUGGUGUGAAGUGGUUAGGAAAGGAGAUUAUUUUGACUUUUUGAUCUCAGCCCUGGACUUUUCUGAGUGUGUGUGAGCUGCACACUUGGGGGGGCUGUUUGUCAAAGGGGUCAAAGAAAAGCACAACUUGUUAGUGGAAGGAACAUUUGUCGUUAUUGAGGUCAAGAUCCACAACAAAUACACUUACAAUAACUGUGUGUCGACCACCUCUCAUUACAUGACUGUUUCAUCAGACCAGCUUAUUGAUUUUCUUGUGCCUUUUACUGGAAUACUGAAGUCCCCCUACAAUCAAAAUUAUAGUUUUGCUUGUUGUUACAUCAUUUGGAUGCUUGUCCUUCUCUGUGCAGACUGAUGGAUGUGUGACCGGAGUCAUGGUCCAGAAUGCGACUUGGACUAAUGUGAUGUGAAAAACAUGCAGAUUUGAAACGUUAAUUUGUUGUGAAAAGGUUUGUAACAUGAUGCAGGAGGUCAGGUUACCGUACAACAUACAACUGUUGCCUGGCAUAAUAUGUUUUACCUUUAAAAAGAAAAAAAAAGUAAUGCUGAUGUUCAUGUAUUUUGAUGUUGGCAACCAGCACCAACAGUCACUGCAAAUCCAUAAUAUCAAAUCAUAUCAUAAAUACUAAAAUACCAUGGUGAAUUGCUACGCACACAUGCUUCCCACUGGAUCAGUCCUUUCCAUUUUAGACAGUUUACGAAGCAUUUGUGUUUUUAGUUUUCCAUUCACUGUCACUGAACACAGAAGGAUUGAAACUAUUCAUUCCCUUGGUUGAUGUUACCUCACAUAAAAAAGCACCUGUGUGUGUCCAGAGGAAACUGACACAGUUACAACAACAUCCACCACUUCAAAAUGUAAUUUCACUAAUACAUGACAGUUAUCUCAUUGGGACCUUCCCCCUUUUUUAUAAUUGAGUUUUAUAAUAAUAAAGAGUAUAAUUUUUAA